AUGAAUCCCGCAAUCUUCGGAAGUCCUUCGCGUAGUGAGCAAGCUGGUGACAAUGUCCAGAUCGCAGCGACAACAGAUGAGAUUAUUAUUAUUGAGAAUGCUGGCUGCGUGAGAUGUUGCAGGAGGCAGCCUGCAAGCGCGGGAAUAUGGGUGUCUGUACAUAUAUCAGCAACUCGCGCUAAUUGGCUUGACCCACUUUUACCCCGGUCCUACCCCCCACUUCGAGUUGCUAGCAACUCCCCUAAUGAAAUUGGUUGA